CUACUUGAUGCGACAGUAAACAGAAAUAAAACAACAGAAUGAUUCUGCAAUAUGCUGUGGUGCUAUGUUUAAUAUGCUGUACAUGGGGAUACCAUAAUAAUAGGCCAAUAAUAGGUGUUUUAGCCCAAGAGACUGAUUCGGAGUCGAAACAUUAUGGAGAUACCUUUAUUCCAGCUGCUUAUUUCAAAUAUGUGGAAAUGGCAGGAGCCAGAGCUGUUCCUAUAUUUGUGAAGAAAGGACAGGCUUAUUAUGAUCACAUAUUCAGUUCAAUCAAUGGAGUUUUGUUUCCUGGUGGUGGUGUCAACAUACUGACUUCAGAGUAUGCUAAAGCAGCACAGAUUCUCUAUAGAUCAGCUAUCAAGGCCAAUCAAAAUGGUGACUAUUUUCCGUUAUGGGGAACAUGUCUGGGAUUCCAACUUUUAACAGCAUUGGCAACAGGGAAGGAUUUAAUGACCGAGUUUGAUGCUGAAAACUUGAUGCUGCCUCUCAACUUUUCUGAUGGUUACAAAGACAGCAGACUAUAUGGAAACCUUCCAGAUGAUGUCUUUCAUUACCUUUCAAAAGAAAAUGUGACUACAAACUACCAUCACUAUGGUAUCACACCCACUGAUUUUCAGUUUUCAGUAGAUUUAACAAAAUAUUUUAGAAUUUUGUCUACAAAUGUUGAUAGAAAUGGCAAGGAGUUUGUUUCAACAAUUGAAGGUGUGUAUAAAUAAUGUUAUUAUCUAGUCAGCUUUUAAUCUUUUGUCAAAAUUAUGAUCUUUAUUACCUCCCUUUUUG